GACAAACAAACAAAAAAAAAAACGAUACGAUGAAUCCCUUCUUCACUACAGAUAUCACCACCGACAUCUUCGCGAGACUCCCUGCCAAAUCAGCCGCCAGGUGUCGCACUCUCUCGAAGCAAUGGUCCUCCGUCCUCAGCACUCAAGAUUUCGCCGAACUCUUCCUCACUCACUCCUCCACUCGUCCGCGUCUCCUGUUCGCCGUCGAGCGAAACGGUCUCUGGACCUUCUUCACUUCCCCUCAGCCUCAGUCCUCUCAUUCUCCCGUAGUAACCGCCGAGUUUCACACCAAGUUCGCCGGAGACGUGAGCCGAUACCUCUGCAGCUACGCUUCCGGUUUGAUCCUGUUCCCCGACGUGUGGAUUCCGAGUAAAAGUGACGACACCAACCCUGUGGUUUGCAACCCCGUCACCGGAAAGUACGCGACUUUACCUUACCUGAGCAUCUACAGAAAGUCGCGAGCUUUUCUGGGGUUUGAUCCUGUCGGAAAACAGUUUAAGGUCUUGUCGGAAGAUCGUCCCUUUUGUAGUCAAAGCGACCAUCAUCAGGUUCUGUCUUUAGGUGAAGAGUUGAGUUGGAGGGUGAAGGAUGGUCCACAAUACGACCAUUGUGUGUCUGAAGCGAUUUGCAUCGAGGGGGUUUUGUAUUACUUGGCCGAGAACUUUAGUGAUCCACGUGUGGUUGUUCGCUUUGAUGUUCGGUCUGAGGAGUUUGAGUUCAUCGAAGCGGGUUGCUUUUCUGGUGAAGAAGUGGCUGUGAAGUUGAUUAACUACAAGGGGAACUUAGCUGGUGUCGAGUGGAAGUAUGUUAAAGCUGAUGAUGAGAAGAUUGUUCUUGAGUUGUCUUUGUGGGUUCUUGAAGAUGUCGAGAUGAACGAAUGGGUGAAGUCUGUUUACGUUUUGUCUGAGGAGAAGAUUGUUCGUCGUUGCAAUUUCUCUGUUGCGGGGAUGACUGGUGGAGGUGAGAUUGUUUUGGCUAUGGACUACACUACGAAACCGUAUUACGUCUUCUUCUUUGAUCCGGAAAAGAACACUCUCAGAGGCGUUGAAGUGCAAGGUUUUGGAGAUAAGCUUGAAGCGCUUGGGACCCGUGGGAGGGUUCGUGUCUUUGUUGACUAUGUUGAGGAUCUAAACGUUCAUGAUGGGAAGCAGCUCAAGUCAAGCAUCUCUGCUCCAGUGAAAUGAUGAAUGAAGCCUUCUUAUGAGGAGAUAGUUUGGUUUGUGAUGUUAAUCCAAGGCUAUCUUGGAACUCCCUUAACCUUCUUAUGCUAGAAUUAGAGUUUCUAAUGUAAUCUACGGUUUAGCUAGGCCAUCUCUACUGGAAAUAAUAUUUGACAGACUAUGUCUUUCAGACUUUUAUGAUUAUAAUUGAGAUAUUCAAGACUU